AUGAAGUUCUCCACUGCCGUCCUUGCCCUCGCCGCCGGCGCCAACGCCUUCAAGAACGUCACCUACACCACCGAGGUCGUCACUGCCAUCACCACCUACUGCCCCGAGCCCACCACUGUCGAGUAUGGCGGCACCACCUACACCAUCACUGAGGCCACCACUCUGACCAUCACCGACUGCCCUUGCACUGUCAAGAAGCCUGUCACUACCAUCUCGUCAGUGAUCUGCCACGACUGCGCCCCUGUUUACCACAACAGCACCGUUGCCCCUGGCCCCACCACCACCCCCGUUGGCACCAUCGGCCAGCCCGCCCCCACCCAGCCUCCUCUCGCCACUGCUGGUGCCGGCAAGGCUGCUGCCCUCUCCGGCGGUGCCCUCGCUGGUGUCCUCGGCUUCGUUGCCCUUGCCCUCUAAGUUUUCUGCCUGUCAUGACCACAUUUUACCCGCUGCGGCUCUCGGGGCUUUGAGCUGUCAAGCUCCGGCCCUGGGAAGACCGGCUAGUAAUACUUAAUCAAGUCUUUUCAUGAUCUGGGAUGGAACAAUUUUUUUUAAAAGGAUACCAAUGGCAAUGAUGUUUCAAGGGAAUACAAAGGGGAAGUUCGAGGGGAUCUAGGAUCCCGGGAAAAGGAUGAUGGGAUGGGAUAGAGUUGGAAUACCCACAUGAUGUGGUUGUGCAAGGGAAACAUUUCGCUCCUACGGAGGACGGUUGUCACCUUGCCAAGUUGUCGAGUCUUCAUUUUUCUGGCGGGUGUUUUGGAGAUUGGUUUACCCCCUUUACCCGAGCACAGUCGAGGUUUCUUGAAGCUCACAGCAUCUUUUUGGAAAAGUGUUUCGGAUCUUACGGACCAAAAUAUCAACGCUUUUCAGCCUCGCCUCUUCUCUUCUGUGUUAUUCUUUCCUACUUUCAAUUGUGCUCUGCC